GCGGUGUAUGAGUCACGUGGAGGCUCCGUCCAAACAGAACGUGAGCGCUUUAGCUUCAGUGUGUCUGUCGGAGGCUCGGUGCUAAAACUGAUUCAUGUUAGUGUUUUUAAAGCCGCCCGUCCCUUUAAACUAGACUAUUUUGUCGAAGAAUGAGUGAUAACGAUGAUAUCGAAGUCGAUAGUGACGAAGACUCACCGAGAUAUCACUCUGUGGCAGACAAACGGGCACACCACAAUGCGCUGGAGCGCAAACGUAGGGACCACAUCAAAGACAGCUUUCACAGCCUCCGGGACUCGGUACCCGCCCUGCAGGGAGAAAAGGUUGGUAAAGCUCAGCCUGCAGGUCCCCCAGGCACACAAAUGGCUCAUCAGUCUACCAAACAGGCGUCUCGAGCUCAAAUCCUAGACAAAGCCACAGAGUACAUCCAGUACAUGCGGCGAAAAAACCACACACACCAGCAGGACAUCGACGACCUGAAGAGGCAGAACGCACUGCUGGAACAACAAGUCCGUGCUCUGGAGAAGGUGAAGGGCUCCACCCAGCUCCAGGCCAGCUACUCGUCGUCCGACAGCAGCCUGUACACCAAUCCCAAAGGCAGCGCUGUGUCGGCGUUCGACGGGGGCUCCGACUCGAGCUCCGAGUCCGAGGCGGAGGAGCCGCCCAACAGGAAGAAGCUGCGCGUGGAGGCCAGCUAGAGAGCCGGGCAGGUUCAGACCCUCGCUACGGUCGAGGCGGCGGGGCACGAGGGGGGUGGCGACGAGGGAGUGCAGCCUUCGAAGCUCCACCCCUUCAUGCCAACAACAACAACAACCACCACCACCCCGCCUCUGCCUCCCUCCCUCGACGUCAUCCUCGUUCUCUCUCCUCCAUCUCUGGGUGGGCUCGCACUGGAGACUCAUGACCCCCCUCAAACUUCCACACACCGCUGCCGCUGCCACAAUUGCCUCUCUUCCCACUUGAUCUCCAAGAAACAGGAAGGGAGGAAGUCAGCAGGGUGGAAGAUCACUGCUUCAAUCCCACCACUCUCUUUUCUUUUGGUUCUCCGUCAUUGGUAUUUCCCCACCCAGCAACAAUCCAAAACCCAAAAAGAGGCAGCUUGGCUAUUUAAGGACUUGAUGCUUGUUUUGUACCCUCAAAAAGCCCCUUCCUCCUCCCCGGGUUUUUUUUUUUUGGGGUGGAAGGGCAUGCCAGGCGUACUCCUUUAAGCACUGCUAUAUUAUAUAUAUUUUUGUUUUAUUUUGUUAUUGAUUUAAAAAACCCAACCUGUUUUAGAAUCUACACACACACACACCUAGAUAAAUCGUCCUGGAGAAGUUUACCUUUUUAAAAAACAAAAUAAUAUUUCUAGCUUACUUUUUUUCCACUCAAGAAUGUGAAGACGCUUUGAAGCAGACGUUUAAAAAGUGACACCCACCUCAGGCCACCACUGGAUCGCAGAUGUUUUUCUGCCCUCGACACAUUUGUUUAACACAAGAUAAAAGAAAAAAAAGGCAAAAAAAAGAAAUAAAACAUGACUCCUUUGUUUGAAAAAUUGAUGUUUUGAAGGAGAAUAUUCCUAAACUUGUAUCGUAUUUUGUCCUUUAGCUUGAAGUAGUGAAUGACUUUAGGUGGCUGAAUACGUUAGGCAUCUCGUUUUAUAUAUUAUUAUUAUUAUUAAAAA